ACUCACUUCGCUAGAUUUUCGGUUUUCGUAAAUUCGUGAGUAAUUUGGUACUGGUGUUACUGGCAACAUUAUUUCCAGUUUUCUCUUGUUGGAGUUUGCAGCGUAUUUGUUGGUCAAAAUAAAUAAAAUAAAAUACUGUAAGUAAUCAGUUCAAUAAAUAACUGUACAAGUGGAAAAAUAUCUGUAAUCAAUGCCAUACAUUUUGAUAAGGGGCAAUCUUGCAUCAUAUGGGCAUAAAAACCCUUGGCGUGUAUUGGUGUCCGGACUAAAAGCUGGCGAUAUAGAGCAGUUGAAGAGAUUUGCUUGUGGAGGAUACUGCGACGAUUCCACUAUUGUCUACUUACAGCAUCCUUGUGUUAUUCUCAGUGCGUUAGAGGUGUUGGGUUACAAGGUUGUCGCGUCUAGUUCCACAGCCGUUAAACAGGAUUAUAAUGAGUACAUGUGGACUAUGAGAAAAGAGUUUUCUGAACCAGAACCUUCUAUUAUUGUAGAGCAAGAUAACAUCACAAAUUUUAGUAAGGAGGCUAUGCACUUGGGCAAUUAUCAGCACCAAAAUAAGGACGACGAGGUGUAA